CGCUGGCGGGCAGUGAUGGCGGCGGGUGAUGGGGACGUGAAGCUAGGCACCCUGGGGAGUGGCAGCGAGAGCGGCAGCGACGGCAGCAGCGAGAGCCCGGGCGGCGCGGGAGCGGCAGCCGAAGGGGGCGGCUGGGCGGCGGCGGCGUUGGCGCUUCUGACGGGGGGCGGGGAGAUGCUGCUGAACGUGGUGCUGGUGACGCUGGUGCUGCUGGGGGCCUACCGGCUGUGGGUGCGCUGGGGGCGAAGGGGUCUGGGCGCCGGCGCUGGGGCGGGCGAGGAGAGUCCCGCCGCCUCUCUGCCUCGUAUGAAGAAGCGGGACUUCAGCUUGGAACAGCUGCGCCAGUACGACGGGUCCCUCAAUCCGCGCAUCCUGCUCGCGGUCAAUGGGAAAGUCUUCGACGUGACCAAAGGCAGCAAGUUCUACGGCCCCGCGGGUCCAUAUGGAAUAUUUGCUGGUAGGGAUGCCUCCAGAGGACUGGCAACAUUUUGCCUAGAUAAAGAUGCACUUAGAGAUGAAUAUGAUGAUCUGUCAGAUUUGAAUGCCGUACAAAUGGAGAGUGUUCGAGAAUGGGAAAUGCAGUUUAAAGAGAAAUAUGAUUAUGUAGGCAGACUCCUAAAACCAGGAGAAGAACCAUCAGAAUAUACAGAUGAAGAAGAUACCAAGGAUCACAAUAAACAGGAUUGAACUUUGUAAACAACCAAAGUCAGGGGCCUUCAGAACUGCAAUUCUUACUCCUUUCACAGACUGUCCAGCAUCGUUGGGUAUGGUUCACCUACUGCGGAAAACAUUCAACAGAUUGUGUGCAAGAUCACUAUGAAGAUUUGAAUACUAGACGUUAUUUAUACUGCCAACCUCAUUUGUUGCAGUUGUUUGUAAUGUCUGGUGGGGCUUCAUCGUUCUGAGAUAAAAAUAGGUGACAGGGAUUUUUUAAAGGCAAGAAAGUCACAAACUUACUUUUACUUUUCUUUCACUCAUUAUUUUAUUUUUUAUCAAAGACAACCAGAUAUGUAUUUGCUACUCUUCAAGUGGUACAAAUCUCCUCCCAAAAAACAGCGAAGACUCUUACUUCACAUGCUGUGUUUUUGUUUUAGCCUCAAGGAGGGAGGAGACCCAAGUGGAGGGGAGGUGUGCACAUCACUUUGACUAGUUGAGGCGACUGAAACAUCAUAAAAUGUGAAUUCCCAAACGUUUCUCUUUGGGCUUUGUCAGGGAAAAGAAAACUAUUUCUAACAAAUCUGUGGCAAUUAGGAUAAGGGAUUUCAGGUGUCUUUGAGUCAAAGCUAAUUCUCCAAUAGUGAAAUCAUUUGGAACCAGUUUUUAUCCUUUCCCUUACCCUAGAUCAAAUCAAUAUUGAUUGUGCCUUAUUUCACAUAGACUUGAAUUAUUUUUAGUGAAAGCCCCUCUAUGAAUUCAGAAGUCACUACAAGCAGCAUUGAGACCGAACUUGGAAUAUCCUGUUGACCGCAAAACCUUGAUAACAUUCUGUGUAUAUAGAAUGUAAAAGGAAUAUUCAGUGUUACUGCCAUAUAUGUUAAUAUUCACAAACUUAAAUAGCAUUGUAAUGGCCAAAUGCA